GUCAGGAAGCACGAACUAUGUAACUACCAGGUGCAAUGGGACAAACAACUGUACUGUUGAUGCAAAUAUCUCAGAAGACCCGUGUUAUGGCAUUUAUAAGUACCUGGAGGUGUUUUACACUUGUAAGGCUCCUUCCUGCCCUGCUGGUUGGACUUGGUUUGGAGGUCGCCGUUUCCUCUUUAAAAGCAGCAUGAAGACCUGGACUGAUGCUGAGUGUUCCUGUCAGACACUCGGUGGAAAUCUGGCCUCAUUCCACAGCACAGCUGAGUACACCUUCAUCAGAAAGCUCAUUUACACAGCAGCAGGGUCGUAUCCAACAGCUUGGGUUGGAGGCAACGACAGAGAGACUGAAACUGUGUGGAAGUGGAGUGAUGGUUCCCAGUUUGACUUCACAAACUGGGCCAAAGAACAACCAAACAACUCUGGAGGAGGAGAAGAUUGUAUGGAGAUAAACUUUAAUGGACGAGAUUAUGUCAACGACUCAGGAUGUAACUCACAGAGAGGGUUUGUUUGUGUCAGAGGUCCAUAACUGCUCCUUCGUGUCCUGACACGUCUGACAUGAUGAUGUCACAGCCUCACUGCUGAUGUCACUUCCAGCAGGAUGUCAAGCCUCGAUGACAUCACUGCUGGAUUCUGUUGAUAAAUAUGAUUUCAUAUCACAAUAAACAGGAAAAUAAAUUCAAUAAAAUUUAAAGGAACUGAAAUGUUGACCUGAAAGUGAGUCAUUCAUGCUUCAAAUCAUCAUCUGAUCAUUUUAAUAAACCUCAA